AGAUAAAAACAAUGGCCAAAUGAGCGACAUUAUAAAGUGCUCGAUAAACAAUACGCCAUUUCAGAAUUAAACAUUUUAAUAGAACUUAUUAAUUGCUCUAGAGACCGCCCCACAGCCAGGGACUAAUAAUUUAUGAAUAUACAAGAAUAAAAUAGAAUAAAACAGAACUGUUGAACUCUAAUGCCAACUCAGACGAUGAUUGGACAAUUUAGCUGCAAUUCAUACGAUGGUAUCUAGGGGAAAUUUGAAGAAAGCCUGCAAUUCAAAUGAUGCCAACUAACGAAUAUAUAAAUCAUUGCUAGUAGAGAAAACUCACUCUACAUUCCAGGUGGGAAGGAGAACAAAAAAAUAUCAUGGGAGACACUGGUGUGAUACGAGUAAUCUUCUGUGGCGUUGCCUUUCCUACUGCUUUCGAGUAUACCGAACAAUACCUGCUUCCGUAUAAAUUUAUCCAGGUGGAUGCUGUACCCUUCGAUGAAGUCCCUGAUAAAAUUGGAAAUUAUGAUAUAUGUGUAGUGCGAGGCAUGCGUCUUGAAUCAAAAGUUAUUGCUUGUGCAAAACAAAUGAAGCUGAUUAUGCAAUUUGGUGUAGGAUUGGAAGGUGUUGAUAUCGAGGCUGCCACAAAAUUUGGAAUAAAAGUUGCAAGAAUCCCAGGCAGUGGUUCCGGAAACUCACUAUCAUGUGCAGAACUUGCUAUAUAUUUGAUUCUUGGUCUUCUUCGGAAUCAGAAAGCCAUGGACAUUUCAUUUAAAGAGAGAAAACUGGGUGACCCUACUGGGGAAACACUGUACGGAAAAACGGUUUUCAUUAUUGGAUAUGGAAAUAUUGGGAAGGAGCUUGCUGUUCGUUUGAAACCUUUUGGUGUUAAAAUUCUUGCCACUAGACGACAGUGGAACUCAAAUUCUGCUGUCAGUUUGAACAAUUUAGAUGCAGGGGAUACUUCUCGAAUACAGAGUAUGAAUGAUGGAUGCACUAGUGAUGAGCUCCUUGAUGAGAAAGGUGGUACUGAACGCCUUCUAGAAUUUGCAAGUGAAGCAGACAUAGUAGUUGCUUGUUGCCAAUUGAAUGCAGAGACGGUUGGAUUGGUUAAUGCAAAGUUUCUUUCUUCAAUGAAAAAGGGUGCAUUACUUGUAAACAUUGCUCGAGGAGGCCUCAUGGACUAUGAGGCAGUCAAAGCUUCUCUUGAAUCAGGCCAUUUGGGAGGCUUGGGUCUCGAUGUUGCAUGGUAUGAACCAUUUGAUCCAGCAGACCCAAUUUCACAACAUCCCAAAGUUUUGAUAACACCUCAUAUUGCAGGAGUUACUGAGCUGUCAUAUAGAAAUAUGGCCAAGGUUGUUGGUGAAUGCGCUCUUAGCCUUCGUAAAGGCGAGCCUUUCAAAGAUAUUGAGAUUGUUAAUUGAUAAACAGUGUGGUUACAAAGGUGGGGUAGGGGUAUUUGUUAAAGGAUGAUUGACACUAAACAAAUGAAGGUUUAUGAAUAAAUGAAUUAAAAUAUUAUAUAUUAUAUAUUAAGGUAGUUAUUAAAAAUUGGGAAUAUGGAAUCCAUAUUUUUAUAAUAUAAUUUUCUGGUUAUUAUGAUUAUAAUUAUUAUUUUAAAGUUUU